AUGAAUAUUGUUAAGACAAUUAGAUAGGUAUUCUAAUUUUCAAGAGUCAGAUACUUUGUCUAAUAAAAAGAUCCACGAAUCAAUGCUGAGUAUCCUGAUUCAAAAGAAACUAAAAUCCCAAAUGUUUGUGCAAACCCAGAAAAAUUGAGUGAAUCAGGAGAAUUUUGCAAAGUCACAGUCCAAGGAAAGGAUGUCAGUUCCUCUGAAAAGUAAAUUUUGAUUUCAUCAUGUCUUAGAUUGAGAAUAAAAGCUAAAGUGAAAAACUGUAAAGAAAUUAAUGGAAUCAUCGCAUAUAUUUGAUGCUGAUUAUAUAAAAAUCAUUAAACACACC